AUGGAUCCAGCCUCGAUAUCCAUCGGAGCCGUGCAGAUCGCUUUCGCUUGUGGUCAGGCUACAGUUACAAUCAUCAAGUGGGUGAACGAUGUUCGGUCAGCCGGUGAACGUAUCCAGGGUUUCUACGAGGAGAUCCUUGCGCUUAAAGCUACUUACGAUGGACUUAGCGACUGCUUGAAGUCGCCAGUAAUGGCCGAGGCUGCCCGCACAUCUAACAAGGCCAAUGACGGCAGGCACCUCUGGGCCCAGGUCAAGACUGCUCUCGACGAUUCCCGCCUCACCAUCAAGGAAAUCAAUCAUCACCUCGACAAGAUCAGUAAGGCGUCGGGAAUACUCAAGAAAGCUCGAUCCCACCUCGAGGAGUCCCUUCGAAAAGGAGAGCUUGGUCGUCUCCGCGAAAGGAUCAGGUUCUUCAACACGACCAUAUCGCUGCCUAUUCAAAUGGUUUGCGUCAUGCUACAGCUGGAACAACGAGACCAGAGCGCCGAGUCACAGCGCAACCUGGACCGUCGCUUUGUGCAGAUCGAGCAGACCAUGCGCGAACUGAUCGUCAGCUUGACCUACCAAAGUGAUACGACGCUACGUGGCGAGACCCUGAUUGUGGGAUCAACAGAUAGUCGUCAAGAUCCUCGUGGGCGUGAUAAUUAUCUCACUUUUGCCCGGCGUAUUCUCACAAGUGCUUCGGCCGCGGCCAGCACAAGAUCCACAUACAGUACUAUCUCACCACGAAUUGAGCCACCCGCCCCUCUUGAACUACGAGGCAACCUGCCGGAGCUGAAUAAUUCGGAGUUUCAGAGAAGUCGCAGGACUAUUCCAGACUGGAUCUCUGCAUCCAAUCCUGAGCAAUUCACGGAUCAAGUUGCACAAACAUUGGGAAACAACAGCACGGACGGUAGGGAGCCGGCACAAGCCAAAGUCUCGGAUGCAGUGGACUUCAGACUCGCUCAGAGGUACCUAAAGAAUGGCCAGGAGAAAGCCGCAGAGGGCCAGCAUGAGAGUGCAGAGCGAAACUUCAAGAAAGCGCUUGAAUUACUUGCGAAAUACGACUUCAGCAACAGGAUUGCGUUCCAGCCUGCAGAGGUGGUGCUCAUGCUCUCCCAGUCAUGCUUGAAGCAACAGAAGCAUGAUGAGGCAAUUGCUCUCCUCACACCCGUUGCGGACGGGAAGGUCAAUAUUUUUCCGUCAUCUGUGGACGUGGCUGACGAAGCAAUACCUGCUCAGUAUCGACCAGAUAAAUUGCAGUCUCUUGCUGCCAGUCAUCAACUAGGAGAAGCGUAUCGAGCGAAAGGUGACUUUGAGCGAGGCAAAGUUCAUGCUCGGAAGGCGUUCAUGGAUCGCACUGAUGAGCUAGGUGAGACUGACGAGAAAACAUUAGAGUCCGUACAACUGUUGAUCGACAUUUAUCGCGAUAUGGGAGCCGAGGAAGACGCAGAAGCGUAUGAGGAAUUCUUAACACCGAGCCCAAUGACCAAGAAGCCAGCAGAGUCGAUCGAUACAGAUACUCCUAGCGAUGAGCCCACGAUUACUUCCUCAGUGUCACCUCCAGCUUCCGAGGUUAGAGGUGUGCCAGCGACGUCUUCCCCGGCGCCACCGCGUAAGGCUACCCGUGGAUGGCGUGACAAGCUCAGCCGCAACAUGCUCGGUCGCAACCACAGCGCCAGCUUGAGGGACACCAGAUCCGGCAGUGACGAUCGCAAAACAUCCUUCUCUCGCACCACCACCCUCAACUCCACGAUACCUGAGACUCCCAGCUCCUUCACCUCUCCACAUCUCCAGUUUCAGACUUCCAACAUCAACGUACCAAGCACAACAUCCAGUCCAAUUAAUCAAUUGACAUCUCCUGCCUCAGACUCCGCCCCACCAUCCCACCACCGCCUCUCCUCCCGCGCCGACAGCUGGAACUCUGAGGCCCUCGAUCAUGGUAUGCUUACACCAAAUAUUGCCUUCAACCCAGCCUCUGCAGCUAUGCUGGAACCACAUUUCAAGGCCGUGGCAGAGCACUGCGCUGCUAACAAACUCGACAAGGCUGCUACGGUGGGCCUCAAGUUCCUGGAAGGCUACGACUCGCGAAAUUUCAUCAUUCGCAGAGACGAACUGGAAAGCAACAUCAAGAAAGGGACCUCGAGAGCGCGCGGCCUUGCCGCGACGGGCAAGGGCUAUGCGCCCAUCCACUACUUCUGUGAGAUGCGCGACGAGUGCGCUGCUGAGGUCGCCAUGCUGGUGCGCUACGGCGUCGAUGUCAAUACCGUGUGCUACAAGGCGGGCUUCAAAGCAGGCCCGGAGCUGACGCCUCUGGGACUAGCAAUCCGAGCUGGACACACGCGAGUGGCGCGCAUUCUGCUGGAGGUGUCAGGCGUCAAAGUGGAUACCAGGGAUGGGGAGGGCAUGACGCCGCUGAUGGUGGCGACAAGAAGCAGGCUAUAUGAGGUGGUUAGGCUGAUGUUGGAGAAGCAUUACCCUCAGUGUGUACCCACAGGGGAGGCCAAGUGGCCUAAGGGGUGGUAUGGCAACAGUUUGCUGCACGACGCAGCACGGCACUGUGAUGCGCAGCUGGUGACGUUGUUGUUGGAGAAGGGCAUCGAGGAUGUCAACGGCGUGGACCGGUUUGGGAAAACGCCAUUGAUGUAUGCGAUCAUCAAGUCCGAUGUGUUUGAAGAGAAGAAGCAGAAGCUGUGUCGGGAGAGGGUGAAGGUCGUGAGGAAGCUUGUCGAGUUUGGCGCGGAUGUGAACCAGAUCGACAAACACGGAUAUACGGCCGCGACGUAUGCGGCUCGAGAAGAAGACGAAGAGUUAAAGGCUGCGGUUGGCGAGCCGAGGUUUGAGCUUCCCGUUACAGACGUAUAA